UUGCAGAGUCAUGUAGGUGCAGACAUUUCCCCCCGCCCUCCAAACGCAUCCCGUUGGACGUCAACCCGCAGAGACAACGGCAGCAGCUUCUGCUGCCCUUUGAACUUCGCACAUUUCUGCUUUUUGACGUAGGAUUGGACGGACGGUUUCCUGAAAGAGCGACGUGGGGGACACAACGAGCUGCCUGCCUGCCUCUGGAGAGCUCAUCUUUUGCUCGGACAGCCUCCAGAACCUCGCUUCCGUGUGAAUUCGGGCUGCCGUGUUUUGCUGUGACCCGGAGAGUUCGAGUUCUGGCUGAGCAUCUUAAGAGAGUGGUUUAAAGGAAUCCCUACUAAGCCUCCUCUGAUUAUGGUCUUCAAAGCACUUCCUAAUCUGAUGCGGAACAGCAGAUGAUAACAGCGCCCUGAAAUAUCAUAGUGGAUUACUGAUGUAUCCCCAAAACCUAUAAAAUCUGGACCGAGAAGAAUUUGAUAAUCAUGGUUUGACUUGAGAGCUGUCUGAAUCCGACACACAUGCUGUCAGUCAUGAAGGAGCUGAGAUAUGUGAAUAAGGACGCAUUGUGGGGUUCAAAUGGUUUUCCUAAACGCAUGACCUCAAGUUCAUGGGUUUCCCUCUUUGCUGCUUGGACUGCAUAUUGGUUAUGCCUAUAAAUACUAAUGGAAAGGACUGUCCUUCUGUUUACAUCCUUCAUUUCUCAGUAAAUGCAAACUGACUGAAUAGAGUUUUGUGUAACUUUCUCUGCAAGAUGGAGCACAUAAAGAAGCGUGCUCCUGUUGAACGUCUGACUCCAGUGAUAUAAGAAGAAACACGGAAGUACCUGAACUGAUAAAGACUGAAUGACUCUAACCACGUCACACAACAUAUAAACAUAAUCUGGAGUGUUUCUUUCACCUUCCCCAGCAUGCAUUGCCCUGUCAGGAAGAAACGUCCCACAUGUGACUCCGAUUUCUCCGCUAUUGUUGUUCCCUCCAUGCACGGGUCUGGCUAUCUUGACUACACUGUGGAGAACCAUGCUUCCAGAUCCUUUUUGGUCAUUGAUGAGUUCAGACGGCAAGAGAUGCUGUGUGACCUGGUGUUACAUGUCACGUACAGGGACAGGACUAUGGACUUCAAGGUUCACAAAGUGGUGCUGGCCUCCUGCAGCGCCUUCUUCAGAGCAAUGUUCACAGGAGGCUUCAAGGAGUGCAAGGCUUCGGAGAUUGACUUGCGUGACGUGUGCCCCGAGGUGGUGGGACGACUCAUCGACUUUGCCUACACCUCCCGCAUCACGGUGGGAGAGAAAUGUGUGCUGCAUCUGCUUUUAGCCGCAAUGAGGUAUCAGAUGGAGGAUGUGGCCAAGGCGUGUUGUGAUUUCCUCACCAAGCACCUGGAGCCAGCCAACGUCAUCGGCAUAUCCCGUUUUGCCGAGGAGAUUGGCUGCACAGAGCUGCACAAGACAUGCCGAAUGUACAUCAACUCGCACUUCAGUGAGGUGACCAAAGUAGACGAGUUCUUCAGUUUGUCUCACUGCCAGCUGCUGGAGCUUAUCAGUCAGGACAGUCUCAAGGUGCUCUGUGAGUCUGAGGUGUAUAAGGCCUGCACAGACUGGGUGCACUGGGAUAUGGAGGGCAGAGCCCAGUAUCUGCAUGCUCUGUUGAAUGCUGUUCAUAUUUAUGCACUACCUCCUAAGUUUCUAAAGAAUCAGCUGCUGUCCUGCCCCAUCCUCAGCAAGGCUAAUUCCUGCAAGGACUUCCUGUCUAAAAUCUUCCAGGAAAUGACACUGAUGAAGCUACCUCCUGCACCGAUCCGUGGAACCCAGCUCAUCUAUGUCGCCGGAGGAUACCGGCAGCAUUCCCUGACCACCAUGCAGGCUUAUGAUCCCAGGGAGAAGGUCUGGAUAAAACUGGCUGACAUGGGAACUCCGUGCAGUGGUCUGGGAGCCUGUACGCUGUUUGGACUCAUUUAUACUGUUGGAGGCAGGAACCUGUCACUGCAGACUAACUUAGAUUCCAGCUUUCUGUGCUGCUACAACCCAAUGACCAACCAGUGGAGCCAACGAGCUUCUCUCAACAUCCCUAGGAACCGGGUCGGAGUUGCCGUUGUGGACGGCUGCAUCUACGCUGUGGGGGGUUCCCAGGGCUCCGUACAUCACAACACGGUGGAGAGAUGGGAUCCAGAAUGUAAUCGCUGGUCUUUUGUUUGUCCGAUGUCGGUGGCUCGGCUGGGAGCGGGCGUGGCGGCUUCUGGGGGGGCUCUGUAUGUGGUGGGGGGAUAUGAUGGCCAGAACCGCUGGAACACAGCUGAGCGAUACCAGCCUGACACAAACACCUGGCACCCUCUAGCUCCUAUGAACACUAUGCGCAGUGGACUGGGAUUGGUGAGCUUGAACUCUUACCUGUAUGCCAUAGGAGGCUAUGAUGGCCGGAACCAGCUGUGCACAGUGGAACGUUACAAUAUCGGCAGGAACAUCUGGGAGCCCAGAGCCCCCAUGAAGCACUGCCGCAGCGCACUGGGUGUCGCAGUCCACCAGGGACGCAUCUACAUCUUUGGAGGAUUUAACCAGCAUGGCUUCCUGUCCAGUGUUGAGUGCUACUGUCCUGAGAAAAACGAGUGGACGCCUGUCACAGACAUGCCUAUUGGACUCAGCGGCAUGGGCAUCACCGUCACCAUGGAGCCUUGCCCUGGCUCCCUGCCUGAACAAGCGGACGAGGACGAAGCCAUGUAGCCUAAAAGAUGAAGAACGAAGGGGUGUUCUGGGAGAAAAAGGUUCAUCCAAAUCAAAGACAUUCCAAAAUCAGUAAUAACUCUUUGUAUGUCCCCUCCUUCAUGAAUUUCACUAAUAAUGCACCUUAGGGUAAAGCACAACAUAAUUCCCCUACUUGAUGUAUGAAGAUGGGUAGUUUUCUUUUUCACAAUCACGCACAAAAAUGUAUCUACCCGACUGAAUAAUUGUUUAUUCCGAUAUCUUUGUAAAAUAUACAAAUACGGUUUUAGCCUUGGUGACGGACUCUCACAAGUUUUUAUCCCUCCGUUCUUUGUACCCUUCAGGUGGUCAGAGCCACAAAAAUAUCUAAGAAGUCCAUUUAAAUUUC